AUGACAAAUGGAUUAAAAACCCCAAUAUAUCUUGAAGGAAUGGAACUAAUUGUUAUUAUAUGGAUGUCAGACAUGGGCUCUCAGAUUCAAAGAGAGAAACAGUCUACAGUUAUGCCAAAGGAAAACGCAGAUGAAGAUCCUUGGCAUCUCUCUGAAAGACACAAUAUCAAACAUCUAAAUACACAAUAUGUGAGAACAAUAGACCUAGCACAACAGGUGAGGCUGCAAGACGACAGAUGGACAGAACGAGCUACUACAUGGGACCCCUACAUCGGCAAGAGAUUCCUAGGGAGGCCAAGACCCAAAUGGUUGGACUUAUUCAGAAAACAAGCAGGAAUACAGUGGACUAGCAUAGCAAGAAACAAAAAGGAGUUGAAAGAACUAGAACUACAACUAAGUGAUCAAGUAACGGUCGGAAAUAUUAUUGUUGGUGAAUAA